AUGGAAGAUCUCUAUGCCCAAUUUAAAGCAUCUCCUCAAUACACAAAGGCAACUGAUAUAUUAAAGUAUAGCACAACAGUCUUUUCAUCAAGUUUUUUAGCAAAAGGUUUGGAUUUUCAAACAAUCGUGGCAAAUGCUACUACUUAUGAUCAAUUGUAUCAUUUGGAAACUAGUUUACCAACUUAUAGCUCAUUAGAAUUACAAGAUGCAAUCACGGAUGGUGGAAACUAUGUUGGAAGAGCAAUUGAACCCCAAACUUAA